UGGCUUGUGCUCAUAUAGUGUUGAGCUGUCCAGCAGUGAGCAUCUGUAUAUGAUGAAGAGUUUUCAGCUUUCUUAUUUCCAACUCCUGUAUCUUCUAACAGCAGCAUUAUUAGAAUGUAAAGCUGAAACAGAGAGACCCUGCAAGCAGGUUCAUCAGUUGAACAUAAGCCAUUUACUUGGUGACAGCAUGUCUAUUUUUUGCCAAACAACAACUCACCCGCUGGAUUCUCUGACAGUCAAACUACGCAGUAUCAACCAAGAUAAAGUCAUCCUGAUGUAUCCAGACACCUCUCCAGCAUCAGAGCACCAGAGAUGGUCUGUGAGGAAAGAUGCUGGAAAUGUUACACUUGAUCUGAAAGACUUCAGAUCAUCCGAUGGUGGUCUUUAUGACUGUGAAGUUUACAAGGAUCAGGACUGCCUUCAUACAACUCGAUUUAACCUGAGUAUUAUAAAGUGUAAAUCUUUGAACCCUGUCCAUGCAAUGAUAAACUCUUCAGUGUUGCUGCCAUGCUCUGAACAUCCUCUACAAAACAGAACUAAACCAGUCAUUUGGAAAGUUGUUAAUGGUCACCAAUUAACAAAUAUAUUAGAGUAUCGUGCUCCAAACAAGCCCUCAAGCAGCACAGAGAAACCCCCGGACCCCCUGUACAUGAAAGCAAAACAACUAAACAACGGAUCUUUGUAUAUAAGGAAUGCAGUACAAACUGAUGAACUGUGGUAUCGGUGCAGAGUGAAUGAAAAAACCUGCUAUGAGACGAAGCUGGUGAUGAAAGUUAUAGCUCACAAUGCAUCUCCUUCCACAACACUGGCAACCAUAGCCUCUCCUGACGGUCUUGCUGGCCUGAGUGAAAGCAACAAUGGGAGUGAAACAGUGACAACAAAUCUGACAGUAGUAGUGAUGACCACAGUAGUGUCUCUGUGUGUCCUCAUAUUACUGACCGUCUGUGCCAUUCUUUAUUUCAAAAAACAAAGGAGCAAAACCAACAGUCAAACAGAGUUAAACAGUCUUUUCUCUGUAUAUUACUCCCGUGUUGCAGAAGGGUUUGAUGUCCCGGUUUAUUCUUUAGUUGAACGAAAUGCAGGAACAAUGACCACCUUUGGUGCUGAACAGUCAGAAGCUCCGGCAUAUAAACCAGAUGAAAUGUAUGAAAAGUUCCCAUUUUGAAGUGAAUAAUGGCAUUUUUAAUGUUUUUUUGACAUCAUGGUCUUUGAGUAAUCACUAUAAUAAAGAGUAACA